AUGCUACACAAUCGCCUCAGACCUGUCCGAAGAUUGUCUAACACGUCAUCACCGGCAAAUUCUCUGCCGACCAUGUUUUUUAUUCAUAAUGGUGGCUUUCCGUAUGGUUAUGCUACUGAGCCAAUUUACGAAGCCGAGCAUAAAUAUGAAGUUUCUCUUCGCAAUCUAUAUCAAAGUAUGUUGAAACCAGAUGUGUCGGUGUUUUUGGCUACUGAAAACGGUCUCAAUGAUAUCAAAGACAAUUACAGAAUUCUCGCGCAACGUUUAGUCACUGCUUGGGUCAAAGGGAAUAUUAAUGCGCUCGGCAGUGAUCCAAAUUAA